AUGUUGAUAUCUAUCUAUCUAUCUAUCUAUCUAUCGCUUCUAUUAUCUGUUCAUAAAAACCACCCUCUCUCUCAUUAUCUGUCUAUCUCUCUCUCUUUCUCUCUUUCUCUGUCUUUUCUGUCUCUUUCCUUUCUCUCUCUCUCUUUCUCUGUCUAUCUAUCUAUCUAUCUAUCUAUCUAUUUUCCGACCUCCUCGUACGUUGGCUUAAUUCCGUGUGCCGGUCUCUAUGCGCGGGGAUGUGUAUCCUCGCCCGCCAGAUUCAAUUACUCACAUCAUAUAUCUGCAUAUCUAAAUUCUGUUCAUAUCUGUCUCACAAUAUUGACACAUCUAUUUAUUUCAAAUUCUUUGUAUCUAUCUAUCUAUCUAUCUCAAAUUGUUCAUGUCUGUCGAUCGAUCGAUCGAUCGAUCGAUCUACCUAUUUCGUUCUGUUCAAAUCUCUCUAUCCAUUUAUCUAUUUUCUGUGCAUAUCAAUCUAUUUUUCUUUAUUUCUAUCUAUUUCAAAUUGUUCAUAUCUAUCUAUCUAUCUAUCUAUCUAUCUAUUUCAAAUUGUUUGUAUCUAUCUCACAGUAUCGUUUAUUUCUUUGUUUCUUUCUUUCUAUCUGUUUUCUGUGCACAUCAAUCUAUUUUUCUAUAUUUCUAUUACAAAUUUUUCAUAUCAAUCUAUCUAUCUAUCUAUCUAUCUAUCUAUCUAUCUAUCUAUCUAUCUAUUUCAAAGUGUUUAUAUCUAACUAUAUAUCUAUCUCACAGUGUCCUUUCUUUCUUUCUAUCUAUUUUCUGUGCAUAUCAAUCUAUUUUUCUAUGUUUCUAUCUAUUUCAGAUUGUUCAUAUCUAUCUAUCUAUCUAUCUAUCUAUCUAUCUAUCUAUCUAUCUAUCUAUCUAUUUCAAAUUGUUCAUAUCUAUCUAUCUAUCUAUCUAUCUAUCUAUCUAUCUAUUUCAAAUUGUUCAUAUAUAUCUAUCUAUCUAUCUAUUUCAAAUUCCAUCUAUCUAUUUCUAAUUGUUCAUAUCUAUCUAUCUAUCUAUCUAUCUAUCUAUCUAUCUAUCUAUCUAUCUCAUAGUGUCCUUUCUUUCUUUCUUUCUUUCUUUCUUCCUAUCUUUCUAUUUUCUGUGCAUAUCAAUCUAUUUUUCUAUGUUUCUAUUUCAAAUUGUUCCUAUCUAUCUAUCUAUCUAUCUAUCUAUCUAUUUCAAAUUGUUCAUAUCUAUCUAUCUAUCUAUCUAUUUCAAAUUCUUGAUAUGUAUGUAUAUAUGUCAGUCCGUUCGGUCAAUCAAUCUACCUAUCUCGUUCUGUUCAAAUCUAUCUAUCCAUUUAUCUAUUUUCUGUUCAUAUCAAUCUCUUUAUUUUCCUAUCUUUCUACUUCAAAUUGUUCAUAUCUAUCUAUGUAUCUAUCUAUCUAUCUCGUCAUAGUCAUAUCUAUGUUUCUAUCGAUCAAUCUAUCAAUCUAUCUCACUAUCUGUUAA